AAUUCAUCGGAAUGACACGUGGUGUUUCGCACCGGUUUUAGUUUAUUCCUAAAGCAAACACACACCGGUUUUAGCAAGGCAAGAGUUGACGAAGUUGUUGUCGUCUGCAAAAAUGGAGCGCAUGAUACAAUGCUUAUUCUUUAUUGUAGUUUAUUCAUUCUGUGUUGAAGCAAGACGUUCAGCACUAUUUACGUAUUCCUAUACCGAACCUCCGACCCCGCCCAUGAGAAACUGUCCGUGUGGUUCGAAUCCUUGUGACAAUUUCGGGGUGUGCGUUAAUGAACCAACUAAUUCGUUCAGAUGUGACUGCCAGGGUAACUGGAUGGGGCCCACGUGUGACGAUUGCUUACCACCGGCAACAUUGGUCUGUAAGAACAACUGCCCGUACAAGCCUAACCUGUUGUGCAACGAUGGUGGUAUAGGAUCAGCAACGAGUUUCUGUGCUGCGGGUACGGACUGCAACAAUUGUGGGGCUCGCUGUCUUUUGCCGUAGUUCAAGAAAUCAUAAUAUAAUAAAAUAUUUAAGGACUGCAACUACUAUAUAUCUACAAAUGUACACUUUAUUCAUAUAAAAUUUACAAAUUGUAUUUCAUUGUAAUACUAUUCAACCUUGUAAUAAAGAAAAUUAAGUAUGGCUUCA